AUGUCGGGAUGUAACCAUUACAAACGAUUAUGUAAAAUUGUAGCUCCUUGUUGUAACAAAGUUUAUUGGUGUAGACAUUGUCAUAAUGAAGAUCCACUAAAUGACCAUGGAGAUCUAGAUCGUCAUAAGAUUAGCGAGAUAGUUUGUGCUAUUUGUAACACACACCAACGAGUAAGCAAUACUUGUAUAAACUAUCACGAAUACAAUGGUAAUUUAAGUGAGAAUUCUAAUAGAGAAGAUUUUAAUAAUUAUCACGACACAAAUUCCGACGGAAUUAAUAGAAUAUAUUGUCCAAAGGAAUUUGCAAGCUAUUUUUGUUCUAAAUGCAAUUUAUGGGAUGACUUAGGGAUACAAAAAAAGAUAUUUCAUUGUGAUGAAUGUGGAAUAUGCAGAGUUGGAAGUAAAACUUCUUAUUUCCAUUGCAAAGUUUGUUGCAUGUGUUAUCCAACAAGCAUUAAAGAUACUCACAUUUGUAUUGAGAAGUCUUGCCAUCAAGCAUGUCCAUUAUGUCUCGAGAACUUAUUUCACUCUAUCCGCACUGUAUCUAUACUUAAUUGUGGUCAUACAAUCCACGAAAGUUGUCUAAAUGAAUUGGAAGCAGCUAAAGGUAUAAUUGGACUCAGAUGUCCUGUUUGUGGUAAAUCAAUUACUGAUAAUUCAGUUAUUUGGGAAGCUAUUGACAAAUUGAUUGCAGAUUCACCUGUACCACAAUCAUCCAAAAAGCUUGUGAAUAUAUUUUGUAAUGACUGCACUAAAAAGUGUAUUACAGAAUUACAUCCAUAUGGUAUUAAAUGUAUUGCCUGUGGUAGUUACAAUACUCGAGUUGAUUAA